AUGGCCAAUGAAACGACGGUGCGUUUUGGUAUUCUGGGCUGUGCUCACAUCUCCAUCAAGCUCUGCAAAGCCAUUAGCAAAGCACCAAACGCCACUCUCCAAGCCAUAGGAAGCCGUUCCCUCGAUAAGGCGGCGGCUUUCGCGGCGGAGAACAGCUUGCCUACUGCAGUUAGGGUUUAUGGAAGCUAUGAGGCUGUAAUUGAAGAUGAUGAGGUGGACGCCGUGUACAUCCCUCUUCCGACGGGCCUGCACGUGACAUGGGCGGUUAAGGCCGCGGAGAGGGGAAAGCACGUGCUGCUGGAGAAGCCGGUGGCUAUGAACGUGGCGGAGCUUGACCGGAUUCUUGAGGCUUGCGAGGCUCGUGGGGUGCAGUUCAUGGACGGCACCAUGUGGGUGCACCACCCUCGAACGGCUAAAAUGAAGGAGGCUUUGUCUGAUGAACAACGUUUUGGUCAACUCAAAUGGAUACACAGUUGCAUCACAUACAACCCUGGCCCUGAGUUUCUGAAGAACAGCAUUCGUGUGAAGCCAGAUUUAGACGGUCUUGGUGCCCUUGGUGACAUUGGUUGGUACUGCAUCGGAGCUAUAUUGUGGACUGUGGACUAUGAAUUACCAAAAUCAGUGCUUGCAUUCCCAGGAGCCACUCUCAAUGAAGCUGGUGUAAUAAUCUCAUGUGGCUCCUCUUUGCACUGGGAAGAUGGAAGAUCUGCAACCUUUUACUGUUCUUUCUUAACCUACUUAACCUUUGAUGUAACAGUUUUGGGCACAAAAGGGUGUGUUCGUCUCCAUGACUUUACUCUUCCAUUUGAAGAAACCUUUGGGUAUGGCACUUUCUCAGAGGCCUCAGAGUUGGAUUAUGGAAAGAUUGAACAAGGAAGGUGGUGUCCAAAACCAAAUGAGCAUGUUGUAGAAACAGAGUUUUCUCAAGAUGUUUUGAUGGUUAAGGAGUUUUCUGAUUUGGUUGGAAAGGUGAAGUGCUAUGAAAUGAAGCCUGAGAAGGCAUGGCAAGUGAUGAGUAGAAAGACUCAGCUAGUGUUGGAUGCAGUGAAGGAAUCCAUUGGGAAAGGUUACCAGCCUGUUGAAAUCCUAACUUAG